AUGCCGGCCCUGUUGGCGGUGCUGGCGAUGCUGAUGCCCUUGGCGACAGCCAUCAAGUUUUCCCCGGAUGCCAACACGUCCCUGCUGGAAGUGGCCCCGACAUCCAACAAGACAGACGUGGAGCUGGCGCUGCUUGCACGCUCGUCUCGUGCCUCCGUGGAGGAGCAGGAGAAAGAGCUGGAUGCAGUUGUCUCUGCAAAGGCCCUGGGCUUCAUUGGCGACGCCGUCGGUGGCAUCGUGGAUGCUGUCGGCGAUGCUGCGGGUGCUGUGGGCAAUCACAUUGUAACAGCUGCGGAAGUCACUGCCAACACACUCAAGCAGGCAGGUUUGACAAUUGGCAGUGCGGCGGCCAACGCAGCGGUGAUUAUCGGAAAGCACGUGAUCAAACCAGCGGUGGGCAAGAUCACAUCCCUGCCUGGUGACAUCAAGAACGUGGCUGACACCAUCGGCAACGGAGUGAUCCAAGUGGGACAGGCCAUGAGCUACGCCGGGCAGCUUGUGGCAGACUCGACUGUCCAGCUGGGUGGGAUUAUGGCGGACGGGUUGAAGGAAGCCGGGGAGUUCGUCGGGGGCGUGGCGUUGGAUAUGAUUAACUGUAUUAAGGACUCCUUGACCCCAUGCAAACUCCUGAUCGGUGACCAAUGCGACUGCGAUGCCGGAAGCCAUGUCACAGCGUCCGCGACGAGCUUGUCAAUCAGGUGCGUUUUCACAAAGGACGAUGACUUUAAGGGAGGGGCCGGUCUCACCGCCAAGGCUGGGCAGUCCUUCGGCGGCGGCAAGGAGGGUGGCACCGCGGUCCUCCCCGGGAAGGAGUACGCGCAGGCCUACAAGACCGCGAACCAGGUCAUGAAGUCGCGCGAGGCCCUGAAGCCCAAGAAGGUGAAAGCGCCAGAAGGCUCCUGCGAGACGAACCUUUGGGUCGCAGUAGAGGGAGCCGCCCAGUUUACCCCGGACGUCACAGUGACCGUGGAGUCCAACGGGGACACUUCGAUGAGCAUCUCGGGCUUAGUGCGCGCCUCCAUCGAUGCGCUGGUGGAAGGAGAGGGCAGCUGUUCCUUUCAUGCCGAGAAAGGCCUCCCCGAGAAGCCCAAGACGAAGGUCGUUUGCGCGGGGAAGUUCUGCAUCGUUUUCAUGCUCCAGUUCAUCGCCGAGCUUGACAUCAAGGGCGUCCUCACGGGUACCGUGGAGGCCUCGACGGACAUUGAUUUCGAGAUCAAGGGCACCGUCAAGGUCAACCCCAGCGGCAAGGCCACGGCGCACUUCGAGAGCCCUUCGAUCAAACGAACCAACGGCUUCGCCAUCGGUGCCAGUGCCACCACCUCCAUUCGCUUCGGCAUGGGACCAGUUUUCACCAUCUAUCCGGUGCCUGGCAUUCCCAUCAACCUCAACGCCAAGAUCAACGCAGAAGCCAAAGCGCAUGGCACCUUGAGCUACCGCUCGGGCAUGUUCCUGAUCCAGGAGGACGAGGAGUCCCACAAGCACUUGGAUGACGUGAACGACUUCAUGAACGCAACCAGCAACGAGCUUAGCAUGUGUGGUGCUGCGGCGCUGACGACCUACGCCGACAUCGACAUCACCGGCUUGGCGCUGCCGGACAUCUUCAAGGACGUGCUCAACCGCGAGUUCCUGGUGAAACAGAUCAAGGACGGUCUGACGAAGUCGAUGACCAAGCAGGCCACCGGCCCGGCGUCCUGCAUGCCGGGUGGGGAUGCGUUGCAGAACGCAGCCAACAGUGCCGGCAACUUUCUGGCGAGCCUCAUCCCCGAGUUCGACCUGAACUUCUUUGAGUCCAUCCAGCUGCUGAAACCUCAGAAGCUCUUCUGCGAGGAAGUCUACAAGAUCCCAAACCCAGGUUUCGAUCAGGCACCGUGCGCUGCCAACCUGGGAUGCAAGUUCGCGGGCCGUCCGCCCCGGCCCGGGGUCAAGGCACCACUGCCAAGCCAGGUAACGAACCAGGUCUCCAUGACCGCCACGGCGCCAGCAUGCUCGCUUGUGGAGGGCUCCGUAAAGAUGGGAGAUCACUUCAUUGAGGUCGGCACCUUUCGCAUGGGUGUCGUUGACCAUGGUAAUGGGUAUGAGUACUUCUCCAUCCAGCACAAGGACGGCGUGACAACACAGAUCUACGGGGCCGAGGGCAACACACACGUUCGCAGACGUCGACCCCGCAGAGACAUUGGCACCUGGCACAGGCCUGUGGGAACUGCUAAGGGGAUCUCCUUCGGCUUCCAGUACAUCCAGAUUGGCAACUUCCGCCUCGGUGCCAUCGACGACAACCACCUCUCCCUUUCACACAAGAACGGCAACACGAUGAUCAUCUACCGCAACGACAGGAAGGUCUUCUAUGGCCCACUAACGGAUUGGGGGGCCUUCGACCGUGGGGAGGGGGCACCAACUGGCGUGUCCUUCGGAGAUAGGUUCCUCCAGAUCGGCAAGUUCCGGAUCGGCUGUAACGACCCUGGUCAUUUCGUGGUGACCCACACCUCGAACACCCUCGUCCACCUCUACAGAUAUGACGGCACAGAACACCGUCCAGGCAACGAGUGGAGCCAUGCCAUAAACAGCCGUCCUCCGGCUCCGUGGACGUGCAAGGACAUCGCGGAAAUCGCCUAUGGCAAGUGCGAUCCAGACUGGGGUGCCUACGGAGAUCGAUUCAUCCAGCUGGGGCAGUGGCGUCUCGGGGCCUGGGAUGCAAACCACUUCAGCGUGUCCCACAAGAAUGGGAACACAGCUAUGAUCUAUCGCGGUGAUGGGACGCGGCACCCGGGACCCCGCAGGGACUUCGGUACAUGGAACAGGCCUACUGGGUUCCCCCACGGCAUCAGCUUCGGUCCCGGCUUCAUCCAAAUCGGCAACUUCCGGCUCGGCGCCAUCGACGACGGCCACCUCAGCCUAGCCCACAGCAACGGAAACGUUAUCGCCAUCUUCAGGCAUGACAAGACAAUCCACUCCAACCGCGAUGUCCUCCGAAGCGCCUGGACCGCCUGGAGGCUGACGGCGGGGGCCGCGUCCAGCAUCACCUUCGGGAAGGAUUUUUUGCAGCUCGGCAAUUUCCGUCUCGGCGAUGUCGACGGGGGUGGUCACUUCGCCGUCGGCCACAACACCGGCGGAACGAUCCAGCUCUUCUCCCACGGCGGCCACUCGCACCCUGGCAUAGGCAAUGAGUGGUCGGCGCCUGUCUUCAGCCGCUUCCCGCAGUGGCACUGUGGCGGAAUCCAGGAGAUCAUGGGUGUCUGCCCUGGGCUUGCCGCCGGAGACAACUUCCUGCAGAUUGGUGACUGGCGCUUAGGUGCCGACUACCACCAUUUCACGGUCAGCCACCGCGAUGGCACGACGGCCAUGAUCUACAGAAGCGACAAUCUCCACUUCGGUGGGCCCAGGUCGGACUGGGGCUGGUGGGGGCACGAGACCAAGCAAUCGGCCCACAGCCUGCGCUUCGGAGAUCGAUUUAUCGAGUUUGCCGGCGCCUGGCGUUUGGGCGAGUGGCAUUCAGGGCACCUGAGCCUUUCCCACACCAACGGCAAUGCUCCAAUUCUCUUCCGCUCGGAUGGGCACCACUUUAAAAACUUCGUUGGGCACUCGCACGGCUCGUGGCAUCGACCACGCGGUGCGGCGCAAGGCGUCACGUUCGGAGACCGCUUCGUUCAGAUUGGCGGCUUCAGGGUCGGAGAUGUGGACUCAAGGCACUUCAGCAUUACGCACACAAACGGCCAGACCAUUAAGAUCUACCGUGAAGAUGGGAGACAUUACUGGGGCCCCCGCACCGACUUCACCACCUUCGGCCGCCCGCUCUGGGACUGUGCGGUGGUGUAG